CCAUGCAAGUAGCCUACUCUGCAGUAGUUUGGAUACCGAAGGAAGUGACGGGACUGAAUGAGAAAAAAAGACGAGGAUAAAAACAGAAAGCAGAAUACGAAGCAACGUGCUGUGUUACGAUUAAGAGAGAGUGUGGGAUACUACAUCUUGCAUGAUUCUGAUAUACAUUCAAGUCGCAAUGGGCAAAGUUGUUUAAUGGUUGCAAAGUAGCUGUGAAAUGAAAAGCCGAGAUUGAGGUCUUGAUGGAGGUGGGUUUACCUACUGUAUGCGUUUGAUAAUUCACCGAGUCGCGUUAAUGUUCGUACAAAAUCAAUCAAUCACGGCAUGAAUUCUAGUUUCAAAGUAUGGAAGACGAACAAUUGCUUGGAUUUCAUUAUUAUUAUUAUUUUACAAAGAAUAGAUAGCAAAAGGGCUAUCUGUUAACUCUGAAAUGCAACUAAAUAAUUAGCUGCUGAUAUUGAAUAGAGACGGUUGGAUUUCACCUGGACUUUAGUAUUUUUCCUCUGUCAAGUUCAGUUCUGCGUCUUCUGGAAUGUUUGGGAGUUGUGUUCCACCGGUUUCAGCUCGGGUAAAUUUAUUUCUCUGGGCACUAAUAUUUUUAACAACGUUCGGAUAUUGUUCAGAGCUGAAGGUUCGAGUUCGUUUAGCUGAUGGACAAAUCACAGAGGAAGUUCUAGAAGCAGACAGUGAAAAAGACUCCAUCACACUUGAGUUCAAACAGGGAGAUGGAACUCUCAUCACAUUUGUCGCUGACUUCAAACAGCAUGUGAAGAUCUUCCGGGCACUCAUCCUUGGGGAGCUGGAGAGAGGCCAGAGCCAAUACCAGGCCCUGUGCUUCAUCUCGCGCCUCAACCACAACGAGUUCAUCCCCAGCGAGUCCAUGGCCCGACUCAGACAGAAAAACCCUCACGCCAUCCGCACGGCGGAGGAGAGGCGGGGCCUGGACCAGCUGACCAUGAACGUGGCGGUGAACCUGAGCCGGGCGUGGCAGCUCAGCAGCCACAUCCACAACAUGUGCAGCGAGGCCCGGGAGGCCAUCUACACCCGGGAGAGGGACGUCAAACAUUGGCUGGAAAGAGGAGUGGAGGGCUCCAUGUUUGAGAUCCUGCCCCAGUCGGUGGACGUGGUCCCGGUCCUGCUGUCGUGCCGCUCUACGAGAGACCUGUGGCAGGCCUGCUCCUGCAGCUACAGCCUGCGUCUGGAGUGGUACCCCUGCCUGCUCAAGUACUGCCGCAACCACGACACCACGGGCAAAGGCAUCCCCUACAAGUGUGGCAUCAAGAGCUGCAGCAAAGGCUACCAAUUCACCUAUUAUGUCCCCCACAAACAGCUCUGUCUCUGGGAUGAGGAGACUUAGCAGCACACUGGUGCGGUCAGACCCCCCCCCCCCCCUUGUCUUUUCCUCUCUUAUUUAAUUUGGAUAUCACGUUGGAGUUCAGUUCAUCCCAAAGCUAUUGGGUUGCAUCCUGUCGUGAGAUUAUAGUAGUUUGAUGCCUUAAAUGGGACAAUUUAGGUUGAAAUUGAGACCCAAAACCUUUUUUUGCGACAGGAGCUAUACCCUCUCAAUGACUCCUUUGACACAUGUCCAUAGGGGACCUUUCCUAUAGUUGGGAUAUGAUGCCGCCGAAGUUUCCAGGUACCUACUGUGUGACCUUAAGUUACUCUCACACGUUUGUGCCCAGCUAAUAAAAAAUUACUACAAGAACCUCCUCUCAUAAGGACAUGCAUACGGCUGGACAGUGCAGCUUAUUUUCUACAUUUCUUGCCCAGUGGGAUGACUGGUGAAGGAACAACGGUGCCAUUAUGUUGUCACAGGAAACCGUGGGAUGCUGGAUCGGAACGGUCUGUUAGACAAUGACUUAUGACAUCAAUAACACAGCUUUAGCCAGCUCUCUUCCUGGUCGAUGGCAACUCAGGUUGCAAUCGACAAUGUUUCUCUGAUGCUGGGAUUAUUUAUUUGGUUGCAAAGUGAAAUUGUUGAAGAUUCUUAUGUAUAAAAUGACUAAUCUUAAAACAUUUCUUAUCUUAACUUCA